GGGCAGAGUAGAACUGCCCCAUAGAGUUUCCAAAGAGCUCCUGGUGGAUUUGAACUGCUAACCCCUUGGUUAGCAGCCAUAGCACUUAACCACUGAUCCAUCAGGGUUUCCACUAUCUCUAAAGGAAGCUGGGAAAUAUAAUCUUGUGCUCAGCUAAAAUCGUAAGGAUUUACUAGCAGAGCAAGAAGAGGAGAAUAGAUAUUGCUCUGUCAGAGCCCACUGCCUGGCUACCCCACACAAAGAACACAUUCACCACUCCUCCAAGGGAGGCAAGACAAAGUUCCAGUUGGGACAGCACACAGCUCAGAGUCCAGGAUCUCUGAGCCGUCCUCUCUACCAGGUCUGGAUGGGGUUCCUCAUGGUCUGGUGACCUAAAAAUUGAAAGGCGGAAGUAUACCCCUCCAUUCCCCAUAACAAAAGUGGAACAGGAACUGGCAGCUCAAUUAAAACAUCCACUCAGGAUAGCAAAGAAUGGCAAACACCCAUCACUCACUGAACUUAACAAUUACUAAAACCAGCUGGGCAGGGAUUACAAAGCCCCUUCCUGGCAGUGGAGUAAGUUCUUGGUCAGUGUAUCUGGCCACCUCUGGUUCUGUUCCCUGGGAGGAUUACCCCUUUCCACUCCCCGGUAUGGCCUCUGGCUUUGCCUCCUAGGAAUUAUUCCUUACCCAUUAUCCUUGUGGCCCAUUGGAGAACGUGUCCUCCUUGUGGACCCCACAGUUCUCAUAGGCCUCUUUCUGCUGGUACAGACUUGGGGUUCGGGGGCAUUUGGGGGGAGUCAAGCUAGACUUUGCUGAUCAGGUUCCUGGUUUCUUUUUCAAUACAAUGCCCUCAAAUUCUUAGAAGGCUUCUGACCAGUUCCUUAUUUGAGUAACCACAGUCAACAGUACUGUGUAGACAUCAAUUUUACGCUUGAAUAUGCUAUACUUGAGAUUCUUCCUAUUCUCCCCUCUUUCAAACUGCUGGUGGUUAUCUUGAGGCCAUCUGAGAAAACAUGCUUGGCUGUGAAGACACUCCAUUAUUCUGAUUCUGCUCAACAGUUUGUGCUUAAGAAAGGCUAUGGACCACAUGUGCAGCCCUUGCUAAGGCAGCCUCUUCUCAACCACCUCCUCUAUUUAACCUGAGCGCAUCUCUCUUGUAGAACUUUGCUACUAGCAGCAAGACAUAGCUAACACACAUCAACGGUGGGAGUUUUUCCAAGCAUAAGGAGGUGGGGCAGGGAUUGAGGGGGCUUUCCAGGUCCACUGCAUUACAUAUAACCAAGGAUGGUCCACUUGGUCUUUCUACCAUCUGAGGCAUCCACAUUAGCAGUACAUUGGAAAUUCCAUCAUCUGCGGCCAGAUAGGGCCAGGCCACAGGGAUCUCCAGAGGGUCAAAUGGGGAAGUGGGAGAAGGGCUGCACACAUCCCCUUUCACGAUACAUAUGAAAGGCAAAGUCUUCCCCUUCUCUGUUCUUAUCCACGCCCCACACACAGCACAUGGGUUUUGAGGGAUGAUGCAAGAAAUCCAGGGAUCCAUUCCUGAGUGUCCACUGCAGGGCCAGGGACUGGGAUGGAAGAGGCUAGAAGGAGGAGAGGAAGGGAGGGGCAGGGAGAGGGGAGCUGGAGCAGCUGGGUCAGCAUUCCCUAUUUGGACAUUGACUCAGGCCCCAGGAAUGCCAAGUAGGGUGGGGGUGGGCAGCCUACAGAGUCAGGCUGGGAUCCCGCUGGCUCCAGGAAUUGCAGGGACAAUACACGCAGUCUGUGAGGUUGCCGAGGCUCCUGCACACCCAGACAUACCUCCCAACCGCAGGUAAGAACAGGUGUCUCACCCUGUGAAGAAGUACAGGCCCUUAGCCCUCAAUGCCACCCCAUAGCUUCAAGGUGAUCCCCACAGCUCCCCACCUGCCCGAACUACCCCCACUCCAGCCCCUCGUCCAGAGAGAGGGACAGACUCUUGAGACUCAAAUGAGAACCUCUGGACAGAUAUUGGCGCCUCUCCCAGGAUCACCCACAAGCCUCUUGGGUUAUCCCCAGCCUCUGAGCAGGUAGCUUGCACUUUCCAACUCAAGUGGAGAAAGUCAGGCCCAACCCACCUCCAUUUUCCCUCCUUUGGAGCCUGACAAAAGUGACAGAGGCUCUCAGAGUAGGAAGCUGGAACUCUGAAACCCGCCUCCUCCCAGCCCCAUGCCCCCACAAUGCUCCAGGGGCCUCCCCCAGGCAGUUUCUCAUGUAACCUGUCCUCAGAGACCCAGGAGGCAAUUAGGGGCCAGGCAUCAAGAUGUCCACAUGCUCCCCUUUCUCCCCACCUGCCCCCCAGGCCGCUGGGCUGGAGCAGCUGGGUGGAUGGACCCCUCCCUCCCCACAGCCUGACACCCAAUCAGAAGGAAACCGAUCCGGAGAGGGCAGGGUGCCAGAGGCCAGGCCCAGAAUAGUGCUACCCAGCCACAGUGUCGCGGACUCACUCUCCGUGGGUCCAGGGCUGGCUGCAUGGAGCAUGAGCCGGAGCACACACUGAGCAGGGUAUAGGGGUCUCAGACGGGCGGCAGCUGGGGCAGCUGGGGCAGAGGAUGAGAGCACAUUUGGCUAGAGAGAGAGAGCAUGUGUGUAUUUGGUCUGGAUUGUCUCUGUGUAUGUGAGCUUGUGGGUGUCUGUGUCUGUACAUUCGUGAGUGUAUGUAGUUCUGUGUACAUCUGAGUGGUUGGAUAUUAGUGUUUGUGUAUGACUGCGUAUGUGUUUAUGUGUGUCUCUGUGUGUGGGGGUGUGUAUGUAUGUGUGUGUGUGCCUGUGUAUAUGUAUAUGGGUAUUUGUGUGUCUGUGUGUAUGUGUGUUUUUGCGUCUGUGUGUCUAUGUGUAUGGGUAUGUGUGUGUCUGUGUAUAUGUAUAUGAGUAAGUGUGUGUGUAUGUGUGUGUGGUGGGGAGGGGAGGUCCUGUGGUUUAAGAACUUAAGGCGUUUUCCCCUCCCCAUCAGACAUACUUCUCCCCACAGACCCCAUCCUGGAGCAGACUUGGAGAGCCUGACCAUCGAGGUAGGUGGUCCUGCCCCUCUCCCAGGGGGCCUAACCUUUCCCUGACUCCCUUUGCCCCCUACCUCUCUGUGACCCUAAUUUCCCCCCUCCCACCAGCCUGGCUUUUAUCUCCCUCUCCUUUUCCUUCCUUCUCCCUCUGUCUCCACUUCCUCCUUUCCCCAGUUGUUGCUUUCCUCACCUCCUCUUUCCUUCUUCCAGAAGAAGAGAGGCAGAAUCUGAAGUCUGAAGACUUGGACCCCAGUCCUGACUUCACCACUUACUAAUUGUGUGAUUUGUAGCAAAUUGCUUAACCUCUCUGAACUUCAGGUCCCUCACUAGUAAAAUAGCAAUGACAACAAUGCCUCCCUUAUAGGGCUGCUAUGAGGUUUAUAUGAGAAAAGUGUUGGAGAAAAGCCCUUUAGAAUCUUGCAAAUAUCGUUAUUAAUUAAACUUUAUUGAUUUUGUUGUGUCACUCUCCAUUAACCAAAUAGACCCCAUUCUCCUUCCAGAGAUGAGCUUCCUAGGGCAAGGAGAUAGUGCCUCAUGGUCAUCACCCACCAUGACCACCAGGUCAGAAAGAACCUGUGGGAAACAGGGGGCCAAGGCCUCCAAAUGGACAAGGCAGGAGGUUGUGGAGGAAGGGGAGCUGCCAGGCCUGGGGAAAGGUUUCCGAUCCAGGCCAGCUGCUGAAUCCACCAAGCCAGAGGCCACAUUCCCCAAGGCCACACCCUUGGCCCAAGCUGCUCCCCUGGCCUGCCCAGGCACCCCGCCAACAGGGUGGGACCUCCUGCCCCCUGGCUGUGCCAUCUCAGCUGGGGGCUCCAGCACAGAUGAUCUGGCGCUGAACAUAGAGUUCCCAGCCACACCAGACGGUGGAUAUGAGCUCGAACGCCUAGUGGAAGACAGGCCCUCCCCAUGCUCAUCCCCAAAGUUUCUGCUGCCCAAGAUGGGCUGGGACGACGAACUUCGGAAGCCCGGGGCCCAGGUCUACAUGCACUUCAUGCAGGAGCACACCUGCUAUGAUGCCAUGGCAACCAGCUCCAAGCUGGUCAUCUUUGACACCAUGCUGGAGAUCAAGAAGGCCUUUUUUGCCCUGGUGGCCAACGGCGUGCGGGCAGCACCUCUGUGGGACAGCAAGAAGCAGAGCUUUGUGGGGAUGCUGACCAUCACAGACUUCAUCUUGGUCCUGCACCGCUACUACAGGUCCCCCCUGGUCCAGAUCUAUGAGAUUGAAGAACAUAAGAUCGAGACCUGGAGGGAGAUCUACCUGCAAGGCUGCUUCAAGCCUCUGGUCUCCAUCUCUCCCAAUGAUAGCCUGUUAGAAGCCGUCUAUGUCCUCAUCAAGAACCGGAUUCAUCGCCUGCCUGUCCUGGACCCAGUUUCAGGCACUGUGCUCCACAUUCUCACCCACAAGCGGCUGCUUAAGUUCCUGCACAUCUUUGGCACCCUGCUGCCCCCGCCCUCCUUCCUCUCCCGCACUAUCCAAGAUUUGGGCAUCGGCACAUUCCGAGACUUGGCUGUGGUGCUGGAAACGGCCCCCCUCCUGACUGCACUGGACAUUUUUGUGGACCGGCGUGUGUCUGCACUGCCUGUGAUCAAUGAAUCUGGUCAGGUCGUGGGCCUCUACUCCCGCUUCGAUGUGAUUCACCUGGCUGCCCAGCAAACCUACAACCACCUAGACAUGAGUGUGGGAGAAGCCCUGAGGCAGAGGACACAGUGUCUGGAGGGAGUCCUUUCCUGCCAGCCCCACGAGAGCUUUGGAGAAGUCAUUGACAGGAUUGUCCGGGAGCAGGUACACCGGCUGGUGCUAGUGGAUGAAACCCAGCAUCUCUUGGGCGUGGUCUCCCUCUCCGACAUCCUUCAGGCACUGGUACUCAGCCCUGCUGGCAUCGAUGCCCUUGGUGCCUAAGAAUAUUCAAGUCUUCACUCCAAGCCACCUUCCACACAGCAGAAGCCAAAGAAGGGAGUUGAGGAACUCAACCUUCAACUUCCCCCUGCCCCAUUUGAUGGUCCAGCUCUGGUUUAGGUAGGCUCUGGUUCAGGUCAGCACCAGCCCUUUGGUCUUGCUGGGCUCCCAGAUCUCAGAUUGGGGCACCCUAAUGACGAUAGUGACCCAACUCAUAGCUGAGCAGCCCCAUGACAAUUAUAAAUGUAAAGACUUGCUGGCGUCCUCAGAGCCCUGCAGGCCACCAUUUGUCACAUUCUCAGCUAAGGCCAUAGAGCCCUCAUAAGAGGGGUGGACAGAGGCUGGAGUACAGGUAAAGGCAGCAGUGUGGUUUCAGAUAAUUCAGGAAGAUUUACCUGCUCUCUCACAAUUUGUUCUCAUCUGCUUGGAAUUCCAUUGGAAGAAGCAAGUUAAGGAACUUUUGUUGAAUGGAAUUUCCAUUCUCAGUAAAAACUAAGGCUCAAAACACAAAUACUCUGGGAGGCAGAGAACAUCUGCCUGAGUGCUCAUCUCAGUAAAUUCUAUAUGAACUCAGAGUCUCUUCUGAUGGCACAUUUCCUAGGGGUUGUGGAAGAUAGGGCACAAAUUCUACCUACUUGGCAGUGGAUGGCAAGAUCCAGGUUCCCCUACUGAAGGGGCAAUUUCCUUUCCCUAUUCAGUCACAAUCUUCCCUUCUCUUUUCUUUACAGGCUUCUCUGGCCCUCCCUAAUUGCCCAUGCCUUGUCUAUGCUCCCAGAAGCCCUUGAGAAUGCCCAAUGCACCAUGGGAUGAUGAAACAAAAGGGAACAGCUGAGUCAAGCCUGGAGGUCCUUGAACCAGGUGCACUAGGAUAACCUCAAGGCCAUCUUUGCUCCAUGUCCACCCACAAUCCCUUUCCCUUUACCUGGGCUGUGACUGGCCCCAGUGGGGCAGUGAGCCCACAGCCCACAGGUUUAGUAAGGGGCUCUGUAUUCCUUGACUUCUGGGCUACCACUAGUGGCCCCAGUUCCUGGAGGUCCCAGCUGUUCUUCCCCAUGGACUCUGACCUUAGUGGUUCCUCACAACUUUUACCUACUUUCCUGACACUGUCCUUCCAGGGCUGCCAGGGGUCACCAUGGAACUUCCAAACCAGUUAUUUAUAGAGCUGCCUGUUGGAGUAGUGUCCUCUCUCCAUUCUCAUUCAGAAAACUCUUUAGCUCUCACCAUCAGACAGGGUUCUCAAUCCCCAGUAAUGACUUUUUGUUCAGAUCUCUGAGAAUGAACGAUCAAAAAAACAAAAAAAGAACCAUACAUUAACUUGGAUUUUAUGUAUUUCACUCAGAAAAUGCUACAGCCAUUUGACUUGAGCUUAUGACAAGAGCCCUGUGCCUUCUGAAUUUAAAGGCAAGAAGGAAAAUCUGUAACUGAAACUUUGCAGGUGGCAACAGUUCCUUUUGCACAUAUAGCAUUAUUCUACCCGUAUUACUUUUUCAUCUUUUAUUUAUAACAAAACCAUAAAGAAAAUAUUAAUUAUAGUUACUUAUAUAAAAGAUGGAGUCCCUGGGUGGUGCAAACAGUUAACACUUGGCUGCUAAUCAAAAGGUUCGAGGUUUGAGUCUACCCAGAGGCACCUUGGAAGAAAGGCCUGGUGAUUUUCUUUUGAAAAAUCAACCAUUGAAAACUCUAUGGAACACAGUUCUGCUUUGGCACAGAUGGGGUCGUUAUGAGUUGGAAUAGACUCAACAGCAACUGGUAUAUAAUAGGUACAACUCAGUCCACAAACUCUAAUUUGCAAGACAUAUAACUUCAUUUUUCUAAAGGUAGACAUAAUUUUGUUAUGAACCCCAUUUCAGCAGGUGGUAGAAAUUAAUCUCAGUCAAUUUGGGGCCCCUACCUCUUCCUGGGAUUAAAUUUGGGGGAGAGGGGAGACUUUGGGUGCUUUAGGUGGUAUAAGCUUUUUUUCCUCAGUCAGCAUUAUCCAUCCAUUUGUGCCAGCCUCUGCUAAGAUACCCUGAUUCCCAUCUGGCUGUCAGUUGGCUGGUCAUUGGUAUGUGUGGUCACUGCCUGCUCUUGCGGGAGCCUAACUCGUGGCACUGAACCCUUCUGGACUCAGGAAGCCCUGUGAGGCUGACCCAGGCCUAUCUGCUGAGAGUACAGCAAAUAGCAUAUUCUUGUCUGGAGUCUUGCACUAUUUUUCCAACAGCAAGCACUCACUUUGUGUCUCUGUGUCACAUUUCGGUAAUUCUCACAGUAUUUCAAACUUUUUCACUAUUAUUAUAUCUGUUAAUGGUGAUCUGUGAUCAGUGAUCUUUGAUGUUACUAUUGUAAUUGUUUUGGGGUGCCACAAACCACGCCCAUGUAAGACAGUGAAAUUAAUCAAUAAAUGUCAUGUGUGUUCUGACUGCUCCACCGACUGGCCACCUCUCUCCCUCUCCUUGGGCCUUCUUAUUCCCUGAGACGUGACAGUAUUGAAAUUAGGCCAGUU